AUGCCAGAGCAAGCCAUCGCGCAGCCAUGGCAGACGACGUCCGACUCGGCCUCGACUGCCGAGAAAAGCGCGAUGUCACCGGCUCCUGCACAGGAACCUAAGCUGCGCAGCUGCAUCGUCUGCCGCAAUCGCAAGGUCAGGUGCGACAAGUUAUCGCCAUGCUCCAAUUGUCGAAGGGGGAACAUUGCUUGUGUUUAUCCGUCCGGCGACCGCCCACCGAGAUGGGCGCGACGUCUUGACCGCCUCACCGAUGCUAGAACUCCGUCGGCUCAGUCAGAUUCGCGGGCUACCGUUCAAGGUGCUGAUCUGGUCAUGGAUCGGCUGCGCAACCUAGAGAAUCUGGUCAAAGAGCUGAGGACCCAACUUGAGCAGGCACACGAGACCGCCGCUUCGUCCACGGCUACCGCUUCGAGGGUUGCAUCGUCUGGAAGCUCUCCCAUGAGCCAUGGCGGACUACGUGAGGACGAAAUCAUGCAUCCUUACGGGACAGCCGCUACCGAUGUUCACAGACACUUCGGCAGACUUGUCCUUCAAGACGCCAGUCGAAGUCACUACCUGGGGAGUGGCUUCUGGUCUCGCAUUGCGGACGAGAUUGAGGGUCUCAAAGUCGAUGCCUGUGCGCUCGACGGUGACUCGUUGGACAGCUCAGACGAGGAGGAACCUGCGCCUUCGCCAUCAACUGCGAACCUGCGCCAGUCUCCUCCUGAGAAACACCCUUUUCUUCUGCAACACGAUCUGAACUUCCAAGUACACAACCUUGACGGACUCCGGCCACUUCCCUCGCAAAUUCCCUUUCUCGUCGACGUCUUCUCCGAGAACAUCAACAUAUUUACGCGCAUUGUUCAUGCGCCGUCAAUCGACGAGAUAGUUCGCGGCCUGCGAGGCACGGGUGCGGCGAACUUGUCACCGUCUAACGAAGCGUUGAUGUUCUCAAUUUACUACGCCGCAGUAUCAUCCAUGGAAGAAGACGAUGUGAAAACAAACUUUGGAUCGUCAAAAUCUGAGCUCAGCCUCAAGUACCGGCUCGGCUUUGAGUACACCGUUACAAAAGCUGGGUUCCUUACUGCACCUAGCCUGAUACUAGUGCAAGCCUUCACACUAUUCCUGACCCUGGCUCGUCGACAUAAUAGUCCCAGAUAUGUGUGGAUGACCACGGCCCUUGUCAUCAGAGCCGCUCAGUAUCUCGGCAUGCAGCGUGACGGGUCCUAUCUGGGAAAUCUCAGCCCUUUCGAGAUCGAAAUCAGGCGUAGAGUGUGGUGGAAUAUCUGCAUGCUUGACAUGAGAGCGGCCGAAGACGAGGGUACUGACCUCGCGAUCCCAAUCGGGAGUUUCGACACCAAAUUUCCGCUCAAUGUGAACGAUGCAGACUUGGAUCCCGAAUACACCCAGGUGCCUACAGAGCGAUAUGGCUUAACUGAUAUGUCACUACCCCGGAUUUUGGUAGGGAUGGUGGAGAUACAUUUGAAGCUACUCUCCAAUCGAGCAAACAACGGGCCCGAAGACGUGGAAAGCCGGAGCGAGUUGCUGAACGGCAUCUAUCAGCACUUUGAGCGCGAAUACUUCCAGUAUACGACCGAGGCUGGCAACAUAAUCUACUGGGUGGGGACUACAGUGGCUCGGCUUGUCAUGGCCAAGUUAUUUCUCAUCUGUUUUCUGCCAUCUCUCCUUGCCGAUUCCGACAAGAAGUUUUCCGACGAGAUCAAAACGAAGCUCCUGCGCUCGGCCAUCGAGGUGGCGGAGUACAACCACGAACUCAACGCCGAGCCAGCGUGUCGACAGUGGCGUUGGGUGUACCAGACCCACACCCACUGGCACGCCAUUGUGUAUCUUAUGAUCGAGGCUUCGCGAAAACCCUGGUCGCCGAUCAUCGAGAGAGCCUGGACGGCGCUCCACAGCAGCUGGCUGAUACCUACGCCGACAGCCCGAGCAGAGAAGCUGCGGAUCUGGAUUCCUUUGCGGAAGCUGAUGGCAAAGGUCAGAGAGCACCGCGACGCAGAGCUGGACCGACUACGCCGGGAUCCUCGAGCUGUCAACGAGCUGGAGAUGGAGGAUGGGCAAAGCCAGCCCCCAGCGAGCUCUGGUGCCUUUCCAGCAGGCUCGGACAGCGCGAAGCUUUUUCGUGAGCAGUGGCGUCGGCUUGUGACCGUGUCAGGAGCCCCUCCCGGCACACAGUUCGCUGAGAUGGGCGAUCAGUCCUUCAUACCGUCCUCACAGGCGACUCACGGGGAUGCGGAAUCGGUGGGAUCGAUCGCAGGUCAUGGAAUAUGGGGCACUGGAUCAGACAGUCAGACAAACCUGAUGGGCGGGCCGCAAGGCAUGACCUCAGCGGGUACUGUUCUACCUUGGCAAUUCCCAUUCCUGGCACCUCCCCCGCCGAUGUCGAGCGGUGGAGUGACUGGCAACGACCCGGCCUCAUGGACUCAUCCGGGGCUAACCAAUAUGGAUGAUGACAUGUUGUUCGGUCCCGACACAGACUACCUCAACGCCAAUGUUGACCUGGAUGGAGACAUUGACUGGCUGAGUCUGGUUGAGUCGGCGAAAGGCCACACAGUCUGA